UUCCUCCGUGUGUCCCCUCCGACAUUCUCUCACCUUUUAAAAUUUCCUCUCACCAAUGGAGUCCCCAAAUUCAGACCUUCAAGGACCAGAAGAAGAGCUGAGCAGCAGUGAAUCUGGCUGGACAAUGUACAUCGCAUCUCCCAUGGAAGAAGAUGUCGAAGACGCUGAGGAGGAAGAAGAAGAAGAAGAAGCAGAAUCCAUUGAGCUCAGCUGGGCACGAGGCAAAGACAAGUUCAUCAGAAGAGACAGCAGCGAGGAGGAGAGUGAUGAUUCCAUGGCUUCCGAUGCUUCAUCCGGCAAACUUCAUCAUCAUCAUCAUCCAAAAUCCGACAAGAAACACAAAGAAGAUCAGAAAUGGUCUUUCAGCAAGAAACCGGACGACAAGGACAAGAGGAAGGGGAGAGGCAGAGCACCCAAACAUUGAAUCAUCCCUCUCUUUCUCUUUCUCGGCUUUCUUACUUGGCCUUAGUUUACUUGCUUUUUCGGGCGAGACCACGAGAUGUCUUGACGACAAUUUUGCCUUGACGACAAGGUACAUACGUUCUUGGCCCGAUUUUUCGUUUGGUCUUGUGAAGAGAGUUUUUGCUGUCUCUGGAAAUUCAUCUCUAUCAAGGUUGAUGGAAGAGGCCAAUUUGUCAAGCCCUUCCUCUCUGUUCUUUUCUUCAUACACAGGACAGAUUCUUUGAUUUUAAUUGAGUACGUAAUUUCAUCAUUAGAUUAGUACUUGAGAGUUGCAAUUCUUUCAUAUCGGGUGUGCACUUUGGACUUCUAUCGGUCUAAUAGCAUAAAAGCAUACAGUCAUUUCUUCGAACAACCUAAUCUGCUCACUCGAAGCCCUGACUUUUUUUAUGUUAGUCGACGUGUAGUGUUCGUUUGAGCCAGGGAAUCUGCGAGUUUGGGCGAUUUAAAUUAAAGCAUGCCAGCACCAUAAUUGCAUAUAAUUAAAGCAUUGGCCCCAAGUCUAUAAUUACAUAUUGGAUAUGUGUAUUGCACGUUGAGAGUUGUUAGCUAGCACUCGAGCAUUAAACGGUGCACAUUGCAUUUAGGCUGGAAAGAGGAUGACUAUUAAUCAGGGAAAAAAAAAAAAAAAAAA